UCCGUAUGUUAUGGCCUCAGGAGGCUUGUACCGGUGGCGGAUGACAGCUGUAGACAAGCUGCGGUGAAGCUCAGGCACUUUUGAGGCGAACCGAGCGGGCAGAGCGCGGUGAAGAUUAAGAGGAGCGAAAGCUCGAAAUGGUGGUGCGCAGGGUCAUGGCCCCUUGUGGGCUGGUUCUGCUGAGUUUGUGGCUGUGUGUCCAGUCCGUGCCGAUCAGUAAGGACAAGACCAAAGAACAGCCUCUGAAGGAGGAGAUGGAGCCACCGCGCAGUGCUGAGACGGGCCUGCACUACGACCGCUACCUCCGGGAAGUCAUUGAAUUUCUCGAGAAAGACCCCCACUUCAAAGAAAAGCUCAAAAAUGCCAACAUGGACGACAUCAAGCAAGGCAAACUUUCCAAAGAGCUGGACUUUGUCCACCACAAUUUUCGGACCAAGCUGGACGAGCUGAAGCGGGAGGAGAUGGGCAGGCUGCGGAUGCUCAUCAGGGCCAAGCAGGACAUCCAGGGGGGGAACGGCCGGACUGUGGACCACCAGGCCCUGCUCAAGCAGUUUGACCACCUCAACCACCGGAACCCGCACACUUUCGAGGUGGAGGAUCUGGAACGCCUCAUCCAGUCGGCGACCGUGGACCUGGAGAACUACGACCAGAGCCGCCACGACGAGUUCAAGAAGUACGAGAUGGUGAAGGCGCACGAGAGGAAGGAACGCCUGAGCAACAUGAGCGAGGAGGAGCGCAGGGCGGAGGAGCAGCGCUACGAGGAGAUGAGGAAGAAGCACGCCGAGCAUCCCAAAGUGAACCACCCUGGCAGCGAAGACCAGCUGAAGGAGGUGUGGCAGGAGUCCGACGGGUUGGACCCAGACAACUUUGACCCCAAGACCUUCUUCAAAAUACAUGACAGCAACGGGGACGGCUUCCUGGAUGAGAGCGAGCUCGAGGCUCUCUUCACCAAAGAGCUGGAGAAGGUGUACACCCCGGGCAACGAAGAAGACGACAUGUUUGAGAUGGAGGAAGAGAGGCUGCGGAUGAGAGAGCACGUCAUGAACGAGGUGGACACCAACAAAGACAGACUGGUGUCUCUGAGCGAGUUCAUGGCCGCGACUCAGAAGGAGGAGUUCUUGGAAAAAGACGAGUGGGAGACAUUGGAUCAAAAACCCAUCUACACGGAGGACGAGAUGAGGGAGUACGAGCAGCAUCUGGUCAACGAGGAGAACGACAUCUACAAGAAGUCUGAGGAGCUGCUCAAGCAGAGGGAGGAGCUGGAGAGGAAGCAGAAGGAACUCGAUGAUCAGAAGAUCGGGCUGCAGCAGGCGGUGGAAGAAAUCGAGAGGAUAAAAGCUGCAGCCAAAGAGCCGGCAGGCGAAGCUGCACCUGUGGAACCGGUCGUAGCGGGAAACACCCCCCCGCCGCCGCCGCCGGGUCACCAGCAGAGAGACGUGCCGGUGCCGGGCCCCUCUUAGCCCACCUCAGUGCUUCUGGAGUGAACGCCAGUGAGCGUGCACGCGUCUUUCUGCCUUGAGAUGUUUCCAAUUGUUUGUGUAUCUUUUUUUUUUUCCAGGAUUUUCAGAACACCAGUCGGCAAAGAGUCUAGAAAAUGAAUGUGAAUGAAGGCAGUGGAAAUACUUUAAAAGAUUUAUUCAUUCCAUUAAACUUGAAAUAUUCCAUUUACUUUGCGUAGUUAGCUAAAUAAAAUAUGGCUCUAAUUACUUAUUUCACCAUGUUCAUUUCACGUGUGAUUAUCUAUACACAAGUUGGUUUAAAACAUGUCAAUCUUUCAAAUUCCUAGUUGAUUUGCUGCUUUUAUGUAUCUCAACAGGUGGUUUAAAUGAGCUCUCAGGGCUCCUGAAAUACACUGAAACAGCCAUUAUCAUUAUUUAUAGAUCUCUGAUGUAGUUUAUACUUCCAUAACAAGCAUAUAUCAUAAUGAUCCAAUGAUUGAUAACAGAUACAUAAUAUAUCAAUAUUUUAAUGUAUUAUAAUUGUCCUCAUGUUAGUAUGAAAUACAAAGUUAAUUUAUGUGCGUAGGGUUGUGUAGGGUUUUUUAAAUCAUCAAAUCAUUAUUUAUUCUCCACACCACUUUAAAUGAAACGGUCAAGAUGUGAAACUUGAUAUUUAAAUUAAUCAGACCAGCGAUAGUUGAACUUUAAUAGUGUUCUUUUCAAGGAGCAGUUUAAUCCGUCCAUCUCCUGACGUCCCGUGUGAGGAAUCCAACUCUUGUAUACCGUUUGAAUGUGGACAAUAAACUGAAUGAGCUUGCA